CAUCUCACUGUUUCUGCAGACUGAAAAGAGAUGAUGAGAUCAGAUCAGUGACACACCAUCUGACCCAUCUAAUUAAUCAGAAAAGAUGCAUGGGAAAACACUGUCACAAAACCAGCAUGAAGAACAAGUAUGAGAUCUUAUUUGAGGGAAUCAAACUAAAAGAGAAUCAAACCUUCCUGAACAGGAUCUACACACAGCUCUACAUCAUAGAGGGAGAGAGUAAAGGGGUGAAUGAAGAACAUGAGGUUUUACAGAUGGAGAAAACAGCCAGAACACAAGACACUCCAGUCUACUGCAAUGACAUCUUUAAACCCUUACAUCAACCAGGAUGUGAGGAGAAAGACAAAAUCAAGACUGUUCUUACUAAAGGCAUCGCUGGAAUCGGAAAAACCGUCUCUGUGCAGAAGUUCAUUUUGGACUGGACAGAGGGAAAAGCCAAUCAGGAUGUAGAUUUCAUGUUUGUGCUUCCAUUUCGUGAGCUGAACUUGAUUAAAGAUCACCAGUACAGUCUUCAUAGACUUCUGCUGGACUUUCAUCCUGAACUUCAAGAUUUGGACUCCAAGAUUUAUGAGGAGUGUAAAGUUGUCUUCAUCUUUGAUGGCUUGGAUGAAAGCAGAAUGACACAAAUGUUUUCAGAUGAUGAGAAGGUUUGUGAUGUGAAUGAGUCUUCAUCAGUGGGUGUGUUGAUGUCAAACCUCAUCAGAGGAGAGUUGCUUCCCUCUGCUCUCAUCUGGAUCACCUCCAGACCAGCAGCAGCCAAUCAGAUCCCCUCAAAAUACAUCAACCGUGUGACAGAAAUUCAGGGAUUCAGUGAACCUCAGAAGGAGGAAUAUUUCAGGAAGAGAAUCAGUGACGAGCAUCAAGCCAGCAAAAUCAUCUCGCACAUUAGAAGAUCAAGAAGCCUCCACAUCAUGUGUCACAUACCCGUCUUCUGCUGGAUCUCAGCCACUGUGCUUCAAAACCUCCUGAAAGAAGAUCUGAGUGCAGAAAUCCCUCAAACUCUGACUGAAAUGUACAUCCACUUCCUGCUGACUCAGAUCAACACGAGGAAUCAGAAGUAUGAUGAGAGAGAUCCAGAGAAACUCCUGAAGUCCAACAGAGACGUGAUUGUGAAACUUGUUGAACUGGCUUUCAAACAGCUGAUGAAGGGCAAUGUGAUGUUCUAUGAGGAGGACCUGAUUGAGAGCAGCAUAGACGUCACUGAUGCAUCAGUGUAUUCUGGGAUUUGCACUGAGAUCUUUAAGGAGCAAUCUGUGAUUCAUCAGAGGAAAGUCUAUUGCUUCAUUCAUCUUAGCUUUCAGGAGUUUCUAGCUGCUUUAUAUCCGUUUUACUGCCAUGUAUUUAAAAACAUGAAGUCAUUGAAUUUCUUUCUGGAUAUGUGGUCCAGGUUCAAUGAAAUCUCUCUGUAUGAUCUCCUAAAAGCAGCAGUUGAUAAGUCCUUACAGAGUGAAAAUGGACACCUGGAUCUUUUCCUGCGGUUCCUGCUGGGGAUCUCACUGGAGUCCAAUCAGAGACUCUUACAGGAUCUACUGACACACACAGAGAACAGCUCAGAGACCAUCAAGAGAAUCACACAGUACAUUAAAAAGAAAAUUAAGGGUAAUUAUGAAUGUCUCUCAGCUGACAGAUGCAUCAAUCUGUUCCUCUGUCUGCUAGAAGUGAAGGAUCAGACUCUUUACAGAGAGAUUCAGGAGUUUGUGAAAUCAAAGAAACACUCAGUGAAUCGACUCUCUCCGUCUUACUGCUCAACAGUUGCCUAUAUGCUUCAGAUAUCAGAAGAUGCGCUGGAUGAGUUUGCUCUGAAAAAAUACAACACAUCAGAUGAGGGUAGAAUGAGACUGAUACCAGCUGUGGUGAACUGCAGAAAAGCUUUACUUGCUGACUGUAAUCUCACUGAUCAGUGCUGUAAAAGUUUGUCUUUAUGUCUACAACCAUCCAACUCCUAUCUGAGAGAGCUGGACCUGAGUCACAAUGACCUGCAGGAUUCAGGAGUGAAGCUGCUCUCUGAUGGACUGAAGAGUUCACAUUGUCAACUCAACAAACUGAGAUUAUCUGGCUGUAUGGUGACAGAGGAAGGCUGUUGUUAUCUGGCUUCAGCUCUGAGUUCAAACCCCUCACACCUGAGAGAGCUGGAUCUGAGCUACAAUCACCCAGGACAAUCAUUAGUCAAGCUGCUCUCUGAUCCAAACUACAGACUGCACAAACUCAAUGUGGAUCAUGGAGGAGAGAUCAGAAUUACAGCAGGACCACAGAAAUAUGCAUGUGAUCUCACGCUGAAUUUAAACACAGCAAACACUCAUCUCACUCUGUCUGAGAGGAACAGAAAGGUGACACGUGUGGAGGAGAAGCAGCCAUAUCCUGAUCAUUCAGAGAGAUUUGACCAUCCUCAGGUUCUGUGUAGAGAGAGUCUGACUGGACACUGUUACUGGGAGGUUGAAUGGAGCGGGUGGGUUAAUAUAUCAGUGACGUAUAAAGGAAUCAGCAGGAAAGGAUGGAGUAAUGACUGUGUGUUUGGAUACAAUGAAAAGUCCUGGAGUCUGAACUGUAUUAACAGUUUCUCUGUCAGACACAAUAAGAAGAUCACAGAAAUAUCUGUCCCUUCAUUCUCUAACAGAGUAGGAGUGUUUCUGAACUGGUCGGCCGGUACUCUGUCCUUCUACAGCGUCUCUGACACACACACACUUACACACUUACACACAUUCAACUGCACAUUCACUGAACCCCUCUAUGCUGGGUUUGGGGUUGAUUUUGGUAGUUCAGUGUCUCUGUGUGAGAUUAAACAGCUUCCUGUGAGAAACAAUUGGGAGACACAGUUGAGUGAAAGAAACACACUCACAUGAUCAGGUUAAAUCAUUCCUUGACCAAUUUCAGUUUGCAUAUGUGGGAUUACAAAUUUAAGAAUCUGUUUAAGAUCUGCUGAUCCUACAUCCUGACAUAACAUCACAUGAAAUACUAAGGUGAAGUGCAUUGUUUAACAUUCUAAGGAGAUAAAGUCUUGCAGCCCAGGUGUCUGAGACAUUAACCUUUUGUCUUUAUGCACAUCCUGACCAUUUGGCAUGACAAGCUCAAGGCACAGCUGUGCCUUUGUCUCUAUGAUAAUGUAAAGGUAUGGGCGAUACUGUCAGACUGAUUGGAUUAGCACCUAUGCAUUUGAAUGACACUGUUAUGCUGAGGGCAUUCUUAGUUCUCAUGACCAGCUACUGUUUAUACUAUUUGGGGUACUAUUAUCUACACAGUCGGGGGUAAUUGCCUGUAUUGUCUUUAGAUGCUUUUGUUUUAGUGGUCACUUCUAAGGCUGUGUGUAAGGGCAACACCUUUAAGGACUGCCCACUGAAUGCCUAUAAAAUAUCAUGUAUACACUGCCUUAGUUAGACUUGAUGACUGCAGCUACCGACAGCACGUGUUCUCAAUAAAGAAUCCUGCUGAAGAUACAUCGAAGUCUUCUGGUCUUUGCUUCUGAGAUUUCCAACAGUUUUGGUGCCAUGACCCGGAUAGAGCUUCCCACCUGACUUCGCUCCAGACUGAAUUUUUCCAUCUCAACCAUGAUUUGGUGAGUGUCACUCUAUCCAAAGAACCGCUACAGACCAGUACAUGUGGUUAUCCUCUGCGCUGCCAGAGAAGUGUUAACAAACAGCUGCAGGGUUUUGUUAACAGGUUAGUCAUCCUCUACAUUGCUAGAGAAGGUUUAUCCUCUGUAAAGUUAGAGAAGAUUUAUUCUCUGCUUUACAGGGAAGGUGAUUUAUCUGUUUAACCAGGGAAGGUUAACAACAGUUACAGUGUGUUAACAGUAGUUUAUCCUCUGCUUUGCCAGGGAAGUGGUU